GAAGCAGAGGUAAGAGGAACAAUAUCUUAGAUGAGCCUCGUUGUAUGCUAUGGUGGAUAUCCUUCAUCGAAUCAUGUCUGUGUCUAUGCAGAUGUUGGCCAUCUUGGUGUUGAUUAUCAGCCUUUACAGAGAUACUUGGCAAGUCAAUGGGCAGAUAUGUAAUACUCCAGACUGGAUAGACUAUGGUGAUUCACAGUACCUCAUCGUUAACACUCAGAGGACGUGGUCUGAUGCGAGGACCUACUGCCAAGACAACGGUGGAGAUCUUGCAGUUAUAAGUUCCCAUGAACAAACUGCUUUUCUCGUCACCUACACGUUGAAAUCUACUGAUGGAUGGAACUACUGGAUAGGACUUCAUGACUCAGACGGUGAUGGACAGUUCACGUGGAUUGACGACACACAACCACAGUACUCGAACUGGUCCCCUUCACAACCGUCAAGUAGCCAUGAAUGUGUCCGCAUGAGAACUUCAUACAGCGUUGUAAAUCAAGGGAAAUGGCAAACAAGUUCCUGCUCAAAUACCCGCGUCCACAUAUGUCAACGUCCAAAAGGCAAUUAUAUUAAUAUUUAUUUGGCCAAUGCAACGGUAACCUCAGCGGUGAUCGACAUCUUCUUCUAA